GAUUCCGCAUCUCCGCAGUUCCGCACUAAAUUAUUGUACAUGAGGACCGGCCAUUAUUUCAGAAGCCAGAAGACGUCAUUUUGACGUACGACGAGUUUAAUAAAACCAUGCAUAUGUAUGUAUUAUAUAUAUUAUGAUGUAAAGUGUGGCGUUGAGCAAAGAGCACUGCUGUAGUGAAUAUAUUUCUCUAAUCUAGGGUAGUGAUAGAGGAUGAGGUUGUCGUUUACUUUUACCAGACUUUGAAAUGGCUUUAAAUUCUCCAAAAUUAAUGGUGUUCGAUUUAGAUUACACGUUGUGGCCGUUUUGGAUAGAUACUCACGUAUAUCCACCAUUUAAAACAAAAUCUAAUGGUCAAAUAGUUGAUUUAUAUGAGAGUCCAGUCACGCAUUAUCCAGAAGUACCAGAUGUACUUGAAAAACUUCAGCGGGAAGGUUAUAUUUUAGGAGUAGCUUCUCGCACUUCCGAAAUAAAAGGUGCUUUGCAAUUAAUAGAUCUGUUUGGUUGGGAUAAAUACUUUACAUAUAAAGAAAUAUUUCCUGGGCAAAAAAUUACACACUUUUACAAUAUAAAAAAGCAAUCUGGACUCAACUUUACCGAAAUGAUGUUUUUUGACGACGAACAACGUAAUAUCAGAGAUAUUAGUGAGCUGGGAGUGGUGUCUGUAUACGUCAAGAACGGGGUUUCCAAAAAGGUGGUCGAGGAAGGGAAAAAUAUGUUUGCCAAUAAAAGCAAUGUGAUAAAUAUAUAAGAUGCGAUUUUUAACAGAGAUAUUUUUAUUUUGUGUAUAUUUUAAAAUACAAGACCGUUUAAAUGUA